UCUUAAUCUGAAAACAUAGCAAACAGUUUUAUCUAUGUUCAAAUAGGGCCUAAGUACGGAUUUUCUAAUCACCAAGUCUUCAAUCUCCCCAAUCCCAACCUCCCCUUCCACCGACGAAAUCAGAAAUGAAGGAAACUCUGGUGCUCUACCCAUUUCCCGCCAUGGGCCACCUCGUCUCCAUGGUCGAGCUCGGCAAGCUUUUUCUUACCCACGGCUUUGCCGUCGCCGUUAUCACCGUCAACUCCACCUACACCACCGGCGCCGCCAGCUCCACAGAAACCUUCAUGACCCGCAUGUCCUCUGCUCACCCCUUCCUCUCCUUCCACCGCCUCCCUUCCGUCUCCCUCCCCCCAAACGCAUCUCCUCACCACGAGGCUCACGCCUUCGAUCUUUUCCGCCUCUCCAACCCUCACCUCCUCUCUUUACUCUCCUCUCUCUCCCAAUCCUCCCCUGUUCGCGCACUCAUAGUUGACUUCUUCUGCACAAUCGCACUAGAUGUGGCUGCUGAGCUCGCUAUACCCUCCUACAUCUUCUUCACAAGCAGCGCCGCUAGCCUCGCUGCCUUCCUCCACCUCCCGGCUCUCCACUCAAAGGUCACCACAAGCUUUAAGGAUCUUGGCGACUCCCCUCUCCACUUCCCAGGGCUUCCUCCCAUCCCCGCACGCGACAUGCCGCUUCCGAUGCUGGACCGUGACGAUGAGGCUUACAAAGGCUUUGUCGCCCUCUUCAACCGGAUGCCAGACGCUGAUGGGAUCAUCGUCAACACCUUCGUCUCGCUGGAGCCCCGCCCUCUACAGGCAAUCGCCGGCGGCCUUGCAGUCCCCGGCAAGAAGGCACCGCCGGUGCACUGCGUCGGUCCGUUGAUAGCCAUCCAACCAAAGCUCCGCCACGACUGCCUCGACUGGCUCGACAAACAACCUCAACAGAGCGUCGUCUUCCUCUGCUUUGGAAGUCUCGGCGCCUUCUCUGCUAAGCAGCUCCACGAGAUCGCCAUUGGACUUGAAAAAAGCCAGCAAAAAUUCCUCUGGGUGGUAAGAAGCCCUCCAAACCCCGUAGCGGCACUAGCGCCCGGCGGAGGUGAGAGCGCAAAGCUGACGGAGGCGCCGCUGGAGCCAGAACUUGAAGCGCUGCUACCUGAAGGGUUUCUAGACAGGACAGGGGAAAGAGGGCUGGUGGUUAAGUCAUGGGCGCCGCAGGCAGAGGUGCUAAGACACGGGGCAGUCGGAGGAUUUGUGACGCACUGCGGGUGGAACUCGGUGCUUGAGGCGAUCGUUGGAGGGGUGGCGAUGGUGGCAUGGCCGCUUUAUGCGGAGCAGAGGAUGAAUAAGCUGAUGUUGGUGGAGAUGGGGCUGGCGGUGGAGAUGAGGGGGUAUGAGAGCGGGGCGGUGGAGGCGGCGGAGGUGGAGGAGAGGGUGAAGGGGGUGGUUGAGGCGGAGUGGGGGAGAGAGGUGAGGGGACGGAUGGAGAUACUGAGGCUCGCGGCUGAGGCGGCAAUGGCGGAUGGGGGCUCAUCUAGUGUGGCGGUUAAGGAUCUUGUGAGCAAAUGGAAAGCGGGAAGACGGUAGAGACCGUUAGACGAUAGUUAUCUUGGCGCUACUUGAAUUAUCUAGGCUCUGCAAUAAAUCUCUACUUUAUAUGGAUUGGCUAAGGGGCUUUGUGAUUUGCAUUAAACUUAUUAUAUUUGAAACAUUUUAAAAUUAUUUGCAUUAGUGUAGAAAAAAA